CUGCAGCCAGCAAACUGGAGGUCUCCAUGCCAGCGGUGGUUGAAGUGGAGAUUGGGGGCUCGGCCAGAAUCGAGUGCAACUUCUAUAUCCCUGGAAAUGGUUCCUACACCUACAUCAACUGGUUCUAUGUGAAUUGACCGCAACGACCAGGUCAGGCUGUACCACAUCACGGCAGCGACAUCCUGAGGGAGAACGUGGACUACAAGGGGCAGCUGUCAGUGGGGGAGGACAAGGCCCUGACCAUCAGCAAGGUGACGAUGCAGGAUGCCAAGACCUUUGUGUGCCAGGUCGGGACGAACAGCCAUGGCACAGGCCAGAAUCGCACUGAGCUCCACGUCUACAAGGUUCCUGAGGCCCCUGAGAUUGUGGCCAACCCAGCAGGCAUCUCCGUGCUGAACAAUGAAAUCUCGCAGAUUGCCCAGUGUGUGAGCAGGAACAGCUUCCCGGCCCCCAACAUUACAUGGCACAAGAAUGGGGAGCAGCUGGAGGAGAAGAUGAAGAUCCAAUCCACACGGACCCGCGAGUCGAGCGGGCUGUACACGGUGAGCAGCACCCUCUUCGACCAUGUCAGCCGGGAGGACCGCAACUCCCUCUACCACUGCACCGUGCACUACUGGCUGCGAGGACAGAGGCAUGCUGUGGAGUCACGGCGAGUCAAUGUCACCGUCUUCUAUCCCACGGAGCACGUGAAGCUGGAGGUCAUGCCAUCCUCGGUGCUGGUGAAGGAAGGGGACAAUGUGCAGCUGGUCUGUGAGGCUGAUGGGAACCCACCACCCAUCUUUAGUUUCUAUAAGAGAGAGCUGGAGAACAAAUGGCACGAGCUGUCAUCAGUGGGAGACGCUGACAGUGGAGUGCUGAAACUGAACAAUGUGACUAAGAGCAGCAGUGGCCUAUAUAGAUGCCAGACCCUGGGGUUGGAUGAUAUGAGACAGCUCGAGAAAGAUGUGGAGCUUGUUGUGAACUACAUUGAAGGGGUCCAGGUGAAGAUGGAGCCAUCCUCACCCCUUCAGGAAGGGGAUAGCGUGAAGCUGAGGUGUGAUGCCCAGAGUCCCGUGGCCCUGGACUACCAGUGGAGGGAUGAGAAGGGCAUGAAAAUUGCAGAAGGGAAACAGCUUUUCCUGAGCAACCUCACCUUUGAAACCUCCAGCAACUUGAGCUGCAAAGUGAUUGCGCCGAGCGUGCCGGGGCUGGAGCAGAGCAAGCAGGUGGCUGUGGCUGUUCGAGGGAAGCCGCGGAUUGUCGCUGUCAGCUCCCCUUUGUACGUGCGGCAGGAUGAGGUGGUGAACCUGACCUGCAAGGCCAUUGCGUUCCCCAGGCCCUCUGUCCGCUGGAGUGUCAACGGGACGGCUCAUGAGUAUAUUGAAAAUCAGCACAUUGCCAGCAACCUGACGGUGCGUGUGAACCGUGACCUGAUGCGCGCGGGAGCAAUGUGCAGGGUCUCCAAUGAGCUGGGUGCCAUUGAGGAACGCAUCCAGCUGCUGGAUCAAAAGACACCAGAGAGCAAAGGGGUGAUCAUUGUGGCGAUCAUUGUCUGCAUCCUCGUGGUAGCUGUGCUGGGGUCUGUCAUCUAUUUCCUGCACAAGAAAGGCAAGAUCCCGUGUGGCCGCGCUGGGAAACAGGACAUCACAAAGCCAGAGGCACGUAAAGACAAGAUUGUAGUUGAAGUUAAGUCAGAUAAGCUUUCUGAAGAGGCGGGGCUCCUGCAGGGUGCCAACGGUGAGAAGAGACCUGCCGCUGACCAGAGCGAGAAAUACAUCGAUCUGAGAAACUAG